AUGCAUGUGAGGUUUAUCUUAGUUUUGGCCGUGGCCUAUGUGUCCGGCCAGGGCGACUUGGAGCAGCAGGCAAAGAAGUUUCUGGAGCAGCUGGAUGUGAAUGCCACGGAUUUAAUGUAUCAGUAUUUGUUGGCAUCCUGGGAGUACAACACCAACAUCACUGCGGCGAACUCCGAGAAGCUGGCUGAACAGGGUGCGAUAUGGGGAAACUACUACAGCCAAGUGUCAGAUGAAUCCCUUGCUUAUCCUGCUGAUAACAUAACGGAUCCACUCAUCAAACUGCAGUUGGUCAUGCUUCAGGACAAAGGGUCGGGCGCUUUAACCAAGGACAAAGCGGAUCACCUCAGCAAUGUGAUGAGUGAAAUGAGCACUAUCUACAGCACAGCCACCGUGUGUAAAGCUGACGACCCCUUCGACUGCCAGACCCUGGAGCCAGGUCUGGAGAGCGUCAUGGCAAACAGCAGAGAUUAUGACGAGCUUUUGCAUGUGUGGGAGGGCUGGAGAGUGGAGGUGGGAAAGAAGAUGCGUCCGCUCUACGAGGACUAUGUGGACCUGAAGAAUGAAGCUGCUGUGCUGAACGGCUAUGCGGAUUACGGAGACUACUGGAGGGGAAACUAUGAAACAAUGGCUGAAGGAAAAUACAGUUACACCCGCAAUGAACUCAUGGAAGAUGUUAAACAGAUAUACAAUGAGAUCAUGCCACUAUACAAGCAGCUGCACUCUUACGUGAGGGGAAGACUGCAGAAGAUUUACCCUGGGACCAUGUGCUGUAAUGGGGGUCUUCCUGCCCACUUGUUGGGUGACAUGUGGGGGAGGUUCUGGACAAACCUUUAUCCGCUUACAGUCCCCUUUCCAGAUAAGACAGACAUUGAUGUAACCUCUACUAUGGUUUCUCAGGGCUGGGAGCCAUUAAGAAUGUUUCAAGAAGCUGAGAAAUUCUUUCAGAAAGUGGGUUUGUACACGAUGUUGCCAAACUUCUGGAUCGACUCCAUGUUUGAGAAGCCCACUGAUGGCAGGAAUGUUGUGUGCCACCCAACAGCCUGGGACAUGGGGAACAGAGAGGACUUCAGGAUAAAAAUGUGCAGCAUUGUGAACAUGGAUAACUUCCUGACUGUUCACCACGAGAUGGGCCAUAACCAGUACCAGAUGGCCUACCGCAAUCUGCCCUACCUGCUGCGAGAUGGUGCCAAUGAGGGCUUCCAUGAGGCAGUGGGAGAAAUCAUGUCCCUGUCCGCAGCCACGCCCAACCACCUGAUGUCCUUGGGUCUUCUGCCCCCUAACUUCAAGGAUGACAAUGAGACAGAGAUCAACUUCCUGUUGAAGCAGGCACUGACCAUAGUGGCCACUCUCCCCUUCACGUACAUGCUGGAGGACUGGAGAUGGCAGGUGUUCCAGGGUAAAAUCCCCAAGGACCAAUGGAUGCUGAAGUUUUGGGAGAUGAAGAGGGAGCUGGUGGGAGUGGCUGAGCCGUUGCCCAGAGACGAGACGUACUGCGACCCUGCUGCCCUCUACCACGUGUCCAGUGAUUACUCCUUCAUCAGGUACUUCACCAGAACUAUCUACCAGUUCCAGUUCCAGGAAGCACUGUGUAAAGCUGCUGGCCACCAGGGACCAUUGUUUAAGUGUGACAUCAGCAGCACAACCAACCCUGCCACUGGCCAAAAGCUCAGGGCAAUGUUAGAGCUGGGAAGAUCAAAACCAUGGACCGAAGCUCUUGAACAAAUUUCAGGCGCAACAAGGAUGGAUUCCAGGCCCCUGCUGGAGUACUUCAGAACCCUGUUUGACUGGUUACAGGAGGAGAAUAAGAGAAACAACAACAAGAUUGGGUGGGACACAGCUAAGGAUCCCUAUUCAGCGGAUGCCUUCAAAGUGAGGCUGAGCCUGAAGUCAGCGCUUGGUGAUGAAGCGUAUCCCUGGAAUGACAACGAGCAUUACCUGUUCAAAAGUACUAUGGCAUAUGCCAUGAGUCAAUACUACCUCCAGGAAAAGCAGAUGCAAGUCAACUUCAUCGCAGAAAACAUCUACACUUACAAACUGACUGAGAGGGUCUCCUUCUACUUUAUUGUGACCAAUCCCAAAAAUUCAACAGCGAUCAUCCCAAAGAAGGAGGUAGAGGCAGCCAUUCGACUGUCGAGAGGGCGGAUCAACAGCGCCUUCCUGCUGGACGAAAACACGCUGGAGUUUGAAGGUCUGGUGGUGGAGCUGACCCCGCCCCCCGAGCCCCCGGUGACGGUGUGGCUGGUGGUGUUCGGGGUGGUCAUGGGACUGGUGGUGUGUGCUGGCGCGUACCUCAUCAUCUCUGGGAUCAGGGCCAGGAAGAGGUGA